UUUGCAUUUUAAAUAAUACUCCCACUCUCUCCUACUUCCAUAUAUAAAUACGCCCUUUUUUCUAGCUCUCCACUCUUAUUCUCCUCCAUUUUCAUCGUCUCUGCGUUCUCUUUCUCUCGUUCUCUUAACUGCGACAUACGAAGCGAGAGGUUGAGAGCGCCGAGCCUUCGUCUUUGGUGCUUUGCUUGCUCUUCUUCGUCCUCGAUCGAUCUACUUCUUCGCCGUUUCCUUAAAUCUAAGCUUUGUAAAAAAUGGCCGAUGCUGAGGAUAUCCAGCCCCUUGUUUGCGACAAUGGAACUGGAAUGGUGAAGGCUGGUUUUGCCGGUGAUGAUGCUCCCAGGGCAGUCUUCCCCAGUAUUGUUGGCAGACCCCGACACACUGGUGUCAUGGUUGGGAUGGGCCAGAAAGAUGCAUAUGUUGGUGAUGAAGCCCAAUCAAAGAGGGGUAUCCUGACUUUGAAAUAUCCUAUUGAGCAUGGCAUUGUCAGUAAUUGGGAUGACAUGGAAAAGAUCUGGCAUCACACAUUCUACAAUGAGCUUCGUGUUGCCCCUGAAGAGCACCCAGUGCUUCUCACUGAAGCUCCUCUCAACCCCAAGGCCAACAGGGAGAAGAUGACUCAAAUCAUGUUUGAGACCUUCAAUGUGCCUGCGAUGUAUGUUGCUAUCCAGGCCGUUCUCUCUCUGUAUGCCAGUGGUCGUACAACUGGUAUUGUGCUGGAUUCUGGUGAUGGUGUGAGUCACACUGUGCCAAUCUAUGAAGGGUAUGCCCUCCCCCACGCCAUCCUUCGUCUGGACCUUGCUGGCCGUGAUCUUACCGAUGCUUUGAUGAAGAUUCUUACUGAGAGAGGGUACAUGUUCACCACUACUGCCGAACGGGAAAUUGUCCGUGACAUGAAGGAGAAGCUUGCGUAUGUUGCCCUUGACUACGAACAAGAACUUGAGACCGCAAAGAGCAGCUCCUCUGUUGAGAAGAACUACGAGCUGCCAGAUGGUCAGGUCAUAACAAUUGGAGCUGAGAGGUUCCGAUGCCCAGAAGUCCUCUUCCAGCCAUCUCUGAUCGGAAUGGAAGCUGCUGGAAUCCAUGAGACGACCUACAACUCUAUCAUGAAGUGUGAUGUGGAUAUCAGAAAGGAUCUCUAUGGAAACAUUGUUCUUAGUGGUGGUUCAACCAUGUUCCCUGGUAUUGCUGACCGGAUGAGCAAGGAAAUCACUGCUCUUGCUCCAAGCAGCAUGAAGAUUAAGGUUGUGGCACCACCCGAGAGGAAGUACAGUGUCUGGAUUGGAGGAUCAAUCCUCGCAUCCCUCAGCACCUUCCAGCAGAUGUGGAUUUCCAAGGGUGAGUACGACGAGUCCGGUCCAUCCAUCGUCCACAGGAAGUGCUUCUAAAUUCUACAAAGGUGCUUUGAUGGUGAGUUUUAUUUCCAUUUAGUUGGCUUUUCGUGUCAUGUGUCAUGUGAACUCAUUCUGGUUGAUGUGGAGACAUGUCGAGGUAGAAUCACCGAAGGAGGUUAUGUAUUUUGAUCUUGAUGUAUCUUAGCUUUUCAUCUGCGCGUGAGAGGCUUCCUAUACGUGUCCUCUGGAUGUGGUGAGCAGAAACUGGUCCUCAAAGUCCUUCCUCCCCAUGCAUCAUCUGUGUUUCAACCAUGUCCUUCAGUAGGAUGUUUGUAGCUGGAGGGUGAUUGUGAUGUUUUUUUUCCUCUUUAAUUUUUUUCUCCUACCAUAUUUGACGGUUUUUUCCCAUUGGAACAUUAAUGUUAAUAGCUAUUGUAUGAGAAAAUUUUAUGCUAGUAUCAGUUUGCGUUUAUAAAACAUUCUAUGAAAAUUUUAUUUAAUUA